AUGGGAUUCUUCGUGCGAGAUCUUCAUCAACAAAUCUGCGCAUUGUAUGCAAAAACGUCAGGUUUUCAUAGUCCAUUGACUGUGUAUCGAGGUCAAGGAGUUACCAAGACUGAGCUAGACGAGAUUCAAGCGAGUAAGGGUAGACUGAUGACAUUUAAUAAUUUUCUGUCGACAAGUACUAACCGUCAGUUGUCUCUGCUAUAUGCAGAAAGUGCCGGACAGAAUUCAGAUCUACAUGGAGUCCUAUUCGAUAUAACAAUCGAUCCGACUCUCACAUCGAAUUCGUUUGCUUCAUUGAAUAAUGUCAGUUAUAAUGGUGAUAUGGAAGAGGAGAUCCUAUUUUCGAUGCACACAGUGUUUCGUAUAGGUGACAUAGAACAGUUGGAAAAUGGGAUACAGCAAGUAAAAUUGACAUUAACGAGUGAUGAUGAUCAACAACUUAGAACUCUUACUGAAUAUAUUCGACAAGAGGCUUCAUAUAAAUCACAAUGGCACCGUUUGGCUCAAUUAAUGCUACAAAUGGGUGAGUAUAUAGCUGAAGAGAUCUACCAAACAAAACUUGACUCUAUACCUAAUAAUAACGGUGUCAAAUUUACAAUUUAUGGUAUUCUGGAAGAUAUUAAGCGACAAAAAGAUGAUUAA